AAGAAGGCUGCAAGCGAAGAGACAGCGAGACAAGUGGAGUGUAGAAAGUGCCAAACCAGUUUUUUUGUUAGCAGGAAAACGUGGCAAAAUAAAAAAUUAACAUAACAAAAAGUGAAACAAGCGAUCGCUUGGUUGGAUUAUAUCAUGUUUAACGAUUGCUAAUUGAUCAGUGAAAGUGGGUAGGCAAAACAAUGCGAGGAAGAAAUGCCCGCUAAUUUACGAAGAGCAAAUCGCACACUGAAAAAAUAACAAAAACUAGGAAACCGCUAUGUCUGCCACCUACACCAAUACAAUUACACAGCGCCGCAAGACGGCUAAAGUGAAGCAGCAACCACAACAACAACAACAACAACAAUGGACGGACAGCGAUAUGAGCUGCGAGUCAAACGAAAGACUUCACUUUCGCAGCCGUUCAACAAACUCGAAGCAACAACAACACACGACACACAGCAACUCACCUUCACCACUGUGCUGUAACGGUGCUCGUGCUCUAACAAUGCUCAAUUGCUGCGUCGACGUCAACUGUCAUUUGAAUGCGCCGCUGCGCGGCAGCGUUAACCGGCACACGACGCCAACGCCGACACCGACUGCGACUCCAACGCCGGUACCGACGCCAAAACAAGCCUCCCCCUCGCCAACCACCGAUCGUUCGCGCUCCCUCUCACGUUCGCUGUCGUCCUCUCGGUCUCGCUCGCUCUCCUGCCAAAAACACAUCAACAAGAAGAGCGCAGGCGCAGCAUCUGCAGCUGAAAGAAAAACCGCUAGUGCGAGUACGCAGCCAUUUACCGUUAACCUGAGCAUCGAUCUCUUCAGUUGGACGCUCUUUCUCUUGGCCUUCGGCACGCGUUUCUACAAGCUGGCAACGCCGCCGCACAUCGUAUUCGAUGAACUCCACUACGGCAAGUACAUCUCCAUGUACAUGCGCAACAUUUUCUUCUUCGAUCAACAUCCGCCACUGGGCAAACAGCUGAUCGCCGGACUGGUCAGCCUGGCUGGCUACGAUGGCAAUUACACCUUCAACCGGAUUGGAGAGCCGUAUGCGCCGGAAAUGCCCAUCUUUUGGUUCCGGUUUGUGCCAGCCUUGUGCGGCAGUCUACUGGCUCCCGCCGUUUACAACCUGUUGCUGGAGGCGAAGCUCAGUCGCUGGUCAUCCGCCUUGGGUGGUCUGCUUGUGGUCCUGGACAACUCCUUGCUAACGCAAUCCCGCUUUGUUCUCAUGGAAUCAAUGCUGCUGCUGGCCACCACGGUGGGGAUCGCCUGUCUGCUCCGAUUCCAACGAAGUCGCCUGGGCAGCCUAGAAUGGUUCUUUAGUGGAACGACAGCUGCCAUCUUUUUGGGAGCCGCCGGAACCGUAAAGUACGUUGGAUUCCUGGCACUGGGGCUAGCCUUUUAUCUGCUGUGUCGACACCUGUGGCAACUGCUCUACGACGCCGGACUCACCGAUCGCCAGCUAUGGAUGCAUGCCAUAAGUCGCCUGUUAAUCUUCGUUGGCAUUCCGUUGGCCAUCUACGUGGGAGUCUUCUAUGUCCACUUCAAGACGCUAUACCGGGCUGGACCGCACGAUAGCAUCAUGACUAGCGCGUUUCAGGCCUCGUUGGAUGGAGGACUGGCAUCGAUCACACAAGGACAGCCUUUGGCAGUUGUUCAUGGCUCCCAAAUCACACUGCGCCAUACCCACGGACGCACCUGCUGGCUGCACUCGCAUGCAGCUGUCUAUCCGGUGCGGUACCCGGACAAGAGGGGCUCCUCGCACCAGCAGCAGGUCACCUGUUACUCCUUCAAGGAUGUGAACAACUGGUGGCUGGUCAAGCGACCAACAAAGGAAAACCUGGUUGUGGGAGAUGAGCUGGAUAUCAUUCGGCACGGUGAAAUUAUUCAGUUGGUCCAUGGAAUCACGAGCCGGGCACUGAACUCACACGAUGUGGCUGCGGCAAUGACACCGCAGUGCCAGGAAGUAAGCUGUUACAUAGAUUACGAGAUCAAGAUGGCUGGUGAGCUGCUGUGGCGCGUUGAGAUUCUGAAUCGCGAUUCCGAGGGUGACAUUUGGCAUGCCAUUAAGUCGGAGGUCCGUCUCGUUCACGUGUCCACAGAAGCUUCCUUGAAGUUCACUGGCCGCCAACUUCCCGAAUGGGGUUUUAAUCAGCACGAGGUGGUGGCGGAUCGUGAAAAGGGAAUACACGAAGAUACCAUCUGGAAUGUUGAAGAACAUCGCUAUACACAAACCGAGGACCAUCGGGAGCGAGAGCGCCAGAUGCUAACAGCUGAAAUGAUACCCACAAAGCGGACGCGAAUCUCGUUCUGGGCCAAGUUACUGGAGCUACAGUCCAAGAUGCUGUUCAAAACGAAGUCAGUGCCAAGUCAUAUGUACAGCUCGAUGCCGCACGAGUGGCCGCUGAUGGACAAGGGCAUUGCCUACUGGUUGGAUUCAAAGUCCAGUGCGCAGAUCUAUUUGCUGGGAAACGUACUCAUCUGGUACACAGCCAGCUUGGGAAUACUUGUCUACGCCGGAUUACUCGCCUUCUACGCUAUGCGGCGGCAACGUCUUUGCUUCGACAUUUCGGAACAGGAGUGGCAGCGAUUCGUCAUUGCCGGUGAUACCUUCUUUAUGGGCUACGUGAUGCACUAUCUACCGUACUUCUGUGUGGAUCGUACACUCUUCUUGCACAACUACUUGCCAGCCUUUGUGUUUAAGCUACUUUUAUUGUGCUUUGUUGUGGAGCAUCUGGACUAUCUGCUCAGGCGCUUCUGUACCGGGCGUGGUAUCCACCUCGUGCGCCUGUAUCGCCUCAUGCUAAUCCUCUGGCUAGUGGGCGUGCUGAGCAUUUUCUCAAAGUUUAUACCAUUCAGUUAUGGUGCGACAAAAAUGAGCUUAAAUGAGGUUCGAAAUCUUCGAUGGAAGGAUACCUGGGACUUUGUCCUGCACAAAAACCACCACCUGCACUGAAAAACCAGAUGCCAUCUCCGCGGCCAGAGAGACGUGCAAUGAUGUACUAGUACCGUGUACAAUAGACUAGAAGACUAGCUACAGUUGAACUAAUAGUAAGCCAUAAAUUAUUUGACAUGUAAACAUACUCAUUUACAAGACCAAUAAAUACAAUUAUUUAUUUA